AUAUCUCCCCACGCAUGAUUUCAUGUUUCGGGUCUUUUUAUUUCAGAAAAUACCGUUAAACAGCAUAAGCUAGUCCGAUGGAAAUUCACACUACGAUCUCAGCAGUAGCCUACUCCUCGGCGCUAGGAUCCGGAGGAGUGUGUACUCUUCCCUCUCUCCCUCGCCUUUUUCUCCCCAGCCUGUUUUAAAGUCUCUGCCAGACUUAGGCUCACACGCUACUUCCUGGAUGGAGGAAUGGAAAGCUUCCAGCACUGCUCCAACUAUUAUCUCUCUGUUUUCGCUUGAACUGCUGCAACUGCUGCACGGACGUCUACCAUAACAUUAUACGUUAUUUUCCACCUUCCCCGACUAAUGAACUGAAUCGGAAUAGUAGACCACAUCCCUCCCGUCAUGUGUAUUUCGGGGAGUACUGCGCUGUGUGAGAGGUUUUGAGACAGAAAAACUGUUUCCUGACCGUUCGAACUUCGACAGAUUUUUCUCAGCAGAAUCUACUCCUUUCAGAAGCAAGAAGUUUUCCUGGGCGCCACAUUUGCGCUAGUGACAUGCGGAGGCUACUGCAAUCGUGUUGUUGCUGGAUCUUGUCUCUGAUUUUGUCCGCCUUCGUGCUCUUCUGGGCCGACUGUCAUCCCGCCUUGGCAGCAGGUCAGCUGGGGUCCUCGCCGGGAGGGGAGCAUGCCUCUGCGGCCGCGACCAGACACAGGAGGGCGGUCGAGGAGCCCUACUGGGCCUACUCAGGGACGUAUGGGCCAGACGGGGGUUGGACGUCGGCCUACCCAGAAUGUAAGGAACAGAACCAGUCACCAAUUAACAUCGUCGACGGCAACACAAAGGUCUCCAUGGAAUACCAAGAGCUAACCCUGGAUGGGUUCGAGACAGAAUCCUCGAACAAGACAUCAAUGAAAAACACAGGAAAAACUGUGGCGGUCCUGUUGAAGGAUGACUACUACGUGCGAGGCGCGGGCCUUCCCGGGCGCUUCAAGGCAGAGAAGGUGGAGUUCCACUGGGGCCAGAGCAACGGCUCAGAGGGCUCGGAGCACAGCAUCAACGGCCGCCGCUUCCCCGUGGAGAUGCAGAUAUACAUGUAUAACUCAGAUGAUUUCGACAGCCUUAACACAGCCAUUCGUGAGAAGCGGGUAAUAGCUGCCAUGGCAGUGUUCUUUCAGGUGGGUCUGAAGGACAAUCCAGCUGUGGACCCAAUCAUCCACGGCCUCCGAGGAGUGGUCCAUCACGAGAAAGAGACGUUCCUGGAGCCCUUCAUUCUGAGGGACCUGCUGCCGUCGUCGUUGGGUAGCUACUACCGCUACAUCGGCUCCCUCACCACCCCACCCUGCAGCAAGGUGGUGGAGUGGAUCAUCUUCAGCAGGCCGGUAUUCGUCUCCUAUAAGCAGCUGGAGGCCUUCUACUCCAUCUUCACCACGGAGCAGCAGGACCACGUGAAGUCGGUGGAGUACCUGCGGAACAACUUCCGCCCGCUCCAGAGCCUGGACAGCCGCGAGGUCUACAAGUCCGCCAUCAAAGACGCCUGGCUGCCCGACCUGACAGGCGACUACGGGAGCCCUGACGGAACAGACUCCUCCAAUGUGUGCAGCAGUGUGCCCACCAACAUGCGGGUCCAGCCGUUAAACCGCACGGCAGUUGUGGUGAAGUGGACCCGGCCGGACCUCAUCUACCACCAACCCAUCAUCAGCUUCCUCAUCUCCUACAGCUGGAACAAGAACGACAGGUCCUUCGAGGAGACCUACGUCAAAAACAGCAACCAGAAGCUGGAGGCUGUCAUCUCCCCCGUGUCGCCGGAUGUCCUGUAUCUCUUCCGAGUUCAGGCCCUGUGCAGAAAUGACUUGAGUAGUGACUUCAGCAAGAGUACACUCUUCAUAGCAAACACUACAAGCAGAUUUGAAGGCACCAGGAUAGUGAAAACUGGCAUGCCAACCAUCUCCCCGGCCUCAUCAGCAGACAUGGCCCCCAUCAGCUCGGGCUCCUCCACCUGGACCUCCUCCGGCAUCCCGUUCUCCUCCUUCGUCUCCAUGGCAACGGGCAUCGGGCCCUCGUCCAGCGGGAGCCAGGCCACGGUGGCGUCGGUGGUGACCAGCACGCUGCUGGCGGGGCUGGGCUUCAGCGGCGGCGUCAUCUCCUCCUUCCCGAGCUCUGUGUGGCCCAGCCGGGGCCCCACCACCGCCGCCGCCACCACCAGUGGCUCGGCCGGACGACACAACCCGGCUAACGGCCAGCUGCCCAGCAGCGAUCCAGCGGCGGCUUCCCCAGCCCAGGACGGCGACGGAGCGAGCGCCACCGACGGAGAGCGUGCGGAGGACAAGGACGACAAAGCGAGCAAAGGCGAGGGUGAGGAGGGAGACGAAGGGGAGGAAGAGGAAGAGGAGGAGAAGGAGGACGAGAGCGGCAAGAAAGGCAAGGAGAAGAAGAAGGCACACACGAACGGAACGGCCACCGACGCCGAAGAGCACCCUACGGACGCCCCGGACUCCACUGCCAAGGAGAAAGGACCAAGAGGAGGGGGGAGAGAAACGGGCACGGCUCCCCCUAGUGGCCCGGAGGACCACGCCGAGACGCAGAGCCAGAGCCCCACAGACGAAGACAUGGCCACGCCAACCAGCGAGCCCAGGAACGACACCCAUAUGGUGGGCCUGGCGCCUCCGGAGCACCCCUCUCUAAACAGCAAGCCCACCCCAGACGAGAAGAGCUUCUGGCCCUUCGCCAUCCACACAGAGAAGAACAGCGUGUCGAGCCUCCCGACGGUGCCGGUGUCAGGGAGGAUGGAGUGGAUUAUCCCCUUAGUGGUGGUGUCGGCGCUCACCUUCGUGUGCCUGGUGCUGCUGCUGGCCGUGCUCGUCUACUGGAGGAGGUGUUUCCAGACGGCUCAUUUCUAUGUGGAGGACAGCAGCUCCCCACGGGUGGUUCCCAACGAGAGCAUCCCUGUCAUCCCCAUCCCAGAUGAUAUGGAGGCCAUCACCGUCAAGCAGUUCCUCAAGCACAUCUCUGAGCUGUACGCCAACAACCUGCAUGGCUUCUCCGAGGACUUUGAGGAGGUCCAGCGGUGCACGGCAGACAUGAAGAUCACGUCAGAGCACUCAAAUCACCCCGACAACAAGCACAAGAACAGAUACAUCAACAUCGUAGCCUAUGACCACAGUCGGGUGAAGUUACGGCCCUUGGCCGGGAAGGACUCCAAACACAGUGACUACAUCAAUGCCAACUACGUUGAUGGCUACAACAAGCCCAAAGCCUACAUUGCGGCCCAGGGACCUCUGAAGUCGACAUUUGAGGACUUCUGGAGGAUGGUGUGGGAGCAGAACACAAGCAUCAUCGUCAUGAUCACAAACCUGGUGGAGAAAGGAAGAAGAAAAUGUGACCAGUACUGGCCUACAGAAAAUAGUGAGGAGUAUGGAAACAUCAUUGUGACUCUGAAGAGCACUAAAGUGUAUGCCUGCUACACGCUAAGACGUUUCACAAUGCGAAACACAAAAGUUAAAAAGGGUCAGAAAGGCAACCCUAAGGGCCGACAGAGCGAGCGGACUAUCAUCCAGUACCACUACACCCAGUGGCCGGACAUGGGCGUGCCUGAGUACACCCUGCCCGUCCUCACCUUUGUGCGCAAGUCCUCGGCCUGCCAGACGUCUGACAUGGGCCCCAUGCUGGUGCACUGCAGCGCUGGUGUUGGCCGCACAGGCACAUACAUAGUCAUUGACAGCAUGCUGCAGCAGAUCAAGGAUAAAGGCACAGUCAACGCCCUGGCCUUUCUCAAACAUAUCCGCACCCAACGCAACUAUCUGGUCCAGACGGAGGAGCAGUACAUUUUCAUUCAUGAUACCUUGAUGGAGGCCAUCAUGGGCAAGGAGACUGAGGUGCUGGGCACUCAGCUCCAUAGCUACGUCAACAGCAUCCUCACACCUGGUCCGGGGGGCAAGACGCGCUUGGAGAAGCAGUUCAAGUUGGUGACCCAAUGCAACGCGCGGUUUGUGGAGUGCUUCAGCGCGCAGAAGGAGUGCAACAAAGAGAAGAACCGCAAUUCCUCAGUGGUUCCCUCGGAGAGAGCCCGAGUGGGUCUGGCACCGUUGCCCGGGAUGAAAGGCACCGAUUACAUCAACGCCUCUUACAUAAUGGGAUACUGCAGGAGUAACGAGUUCAUUAUCACCCAGCAUCCGUUGCCUCACACAACUAAAGAUUUCUGGAGGAUGAUCUGGGAUCACAAUGCACAAAUCAUCGUCAUGCUACCCGACAACCAAGGACUGGCGGAGGAUGAGUUUGUGUACUGGCCCAGCAGAGAGGAAGCCAUGAACUGUGAGGCCUUCACUGUCACACUCAUCAGCAAAGACAGACUAUGCCUUUCAAAUGAGGAGCAGAUUAUCAUCCACGACUUCAUCCUGGAAGCCACACAGGACGACUAUGUUCUGGAGGUGCGUCACUUUCAGUGCCCUAAGUGGCCCAACCCAGACGCCCCGAUCAGCAGCACCUUCGAGCUCAUCAACGUCAUCAAAGAGGAGGCCAUGACGAGAGACGGACCCACCAUAGUUCACGACGAGUUCGGCGCGGUGUCGGCCGGGAUGCUGUGCGCCCUCACUACCCUCUCGCAACAACUGGAGAACGAGAACGCUGUGGGCGUUUAUCAGGUCGCCAAAAUGAUCAACCUCAUGAGGCCUGGUGUCUUCACAGAUAUUGACCAGUACCAGUACCUUUAUAAAGCUAUGCUCAGUCUGGUGAGCACUAAAGAGCACGGAUUUGGACCCAUGACCAUGGACAGAAAUGGAGCCAUGGCCAUCACAGACGAGUCGGACCCCGCCGAGAGCAUGGAGUCUCUCGUCUGAGGGCAGAGGAGGCACGAAGAGGCACUUACUUUGUAAAACUUCAAGGACUAAAGACAGACUUUUUCGAGGCCUUUUUUGCCAGACUCUUGGUUAAAUAAAUAACCUGAUUACUUUUUUACACUGAUACAAAGGUUUUGAUAUUUAUUUUUUGCCAUUUUAUGUCUUAAUGUUAUCCUACUGAACAUUUUGCACCUAUGUUUUUGAGUUCACAACGACAAAACCACACUUCUGUCUAGUUUGCACUAUGUAAUAUCAGUGUUACUGCCUAUAAUCGAUCUGAUCUACUAUGUUGAUUCCAACGCCUGAUUUUGACAUUCCAUCACAAAAACUCACCCACUCAACUUCCUGGACCCUUCAAAAGUGAUUCCCAUGUGCACAUUUCCAGCUCAUGCCAGAUGGAAAGUCGAAGAUUAAGCUGUGCAUUCACCUGCAUGGCAUUGCGAAACCAAGUUCCACAGCGCUGGCAAAAUAAUGUUCUCACUAAAUCGACUUUGUUUCUGCGGCACUGACAAGCAAUAUGGGAAUUUUUCUUUUUCUUUUAAAGCAUCCCAAUGCCGACAUUCGCUUCAUGCAGAAUUAUAUAGGAAAGGUAAACCCAUACGUUCAUUUUCUAAGGUGGUAUUAAAACAGCUACUGUGAACUUAUUACUUUUGUAUGAAUCAUAUUAUGCUUUUAAUAUAUAUGGAUAUAUUGUAAUCAUUAUAACUUGUGAUUUUGUGAAUGUUCGCUGUCACGAUCAACCCUUCACUAGUUCCUGCUAGACUUGGCCUGAUGUUCUGCCACACUUCUCUGACAGUGCUGAUUUCACGCCGUUCUAACUUGCUCCCUCUGCUGGUCUGAUUUCACGCCCUUCUCACUUGCUCCCUCUGCUGGUCUGAUUUCUCUGUUGCGUCAUGCUGCAAGCUGCUAAAUGGGGUAAAACAAAAACAUAUACUGUCUGAGUUGAACUGAAUUACAAAAUGACUGUGUCCUGUAAAGCAUAACUUGUACUCUGAGCAUUUCGGUCCUUGUGAUAUGCCCCGUUGUAUUUUUUUAAACUCUCUAUUUAUGACUCUUACAUACUCUUACAAGGAUGCCAUCAUACAUUUUUUUGUCAUUGUGAGAGCUCCUGUAGACUUCAUGCAGCCUCUCAAUGCCUUCUCUAUACUGACGUUUUCCUCCUGCAUUGCUUGACUGUGCUGGUGUGUGAAACUAUUCAAUGUUGUGUAUGGUGUAGUUUGAUUUUGCCAAAUACACUGAAGUCCCGCAUGGGGAAUUUGUUUCAUUCACAGAUUGAAUUACAAAAUUCUGAAUGUGGUUUACAUAUUUUUUGCUAGGCCCUGUUUAAGACUAAUACCCAAACUACUUGUCAGAUUGGCCCCAAGGCAAUAGGUAUCGGCUGGUUCUUGCACCCCACAUCUUUUGUAACAACGAUUAUAUUUCAGCACAAUGUCCUUGACAGCUUGAUAUUAGAGGCGUCUUCAGCUGUCUUGCCACACAAAGCAGGGGAUAUUGAUUUAUGAAGUUUUACCAAAGACUUAAGCUCAUUAUUUAGCAUUUUACAGUGUCUUCAUAGGAGUACAUGGUGUUGAAAAUGAAAUUCCUCCUCAGAGCUGAUGGCAAAAUGGCUGAUGAUUUUUUUUUUCAUUGACAUGCUCAGUGAAACUUUCUUUUUUUUCUUUUUUUUUUUUUUACAUUUGAUGCCAUUUUUUAUCUUUAUUUGUUGACCAUUCAUGGAAAUCUUCUCAUUUUAUCUGAGGUAAAUGCUAGAGGAAAACAUUUUAAACUUUUUUGAAAAGUUGAUAGAAGCUAUUAAUUCAUCUCUCCGUGGAAUGAAGAAACAAGGCAUUCAAUGUGUACCAUUAUUAUGGUCUUUAUUACUAUAUUAUUCAUGUUGGUUUAAUGUCCUUUGUCUCCUUUUCGGGAGGCUGUUGAAUUAAGUCACAACUCUCCAACAUUUGGGGUUAAUGACACGUUCAUUCCUUUUGUCACAAAAAAGCAUACCUCUGUGGGAAGCACUAUUUUCUUUCAUGUUGUCCUGUGCAGUUCAUGUUGUUUUGUUUUAGAGCAUUGCUCUUCUCAAGCGCGCUUAAUCAAUACCGACAUUAGUAUAACCACAGCUUUCUGUGUGUACAUAGUUUGUUGCUUCUAUAACCAACCAUUCUCUUUAAAACAAACUUUGUAUCUAUGGUAUAUAAUCAUAGAAUUUUAUAUUUUCAUAUAAAUCUAUUUUGUUUUCUAGGUCCAAGUCCCCCUUUUUUCUUGUGGUGAAUAUGUGGAAACCAAGUCAGUCUCCAUGCAUUGAGCUAUCUCCCAUCGCAUUCCAAAAUGCCUCUCAUUUACCAAGGCAGUGAUUGUGAUAUUCGUUUUUUGACCAUUUAGCUAUUUUGUUCAGUUUCCUUUAACAUUUUACAAUUCUGUUGUCCGCGUGUGCAAUAGAAUAGCUCCUGUAUGAAUAAGUUUGUCCCAUUCACCAGUCUUGAAGGAGGAGGCAAGUGUUGCGUCCUCUUUCAUAAUCUGAAAUAACACAAACCAUAGGAAAACUGGUUUAUUUUUUGUUUUUGUUUUGUUUUUGUUUGUUUUUUUGUUGAAAGCUAUAUCAAAGCAUUCUAUUAUAGUGUUAUUUAAUAUGUAAAUUGUAUUGCUAUACAUAAAAUAAAGUAUGGGUUUUGAUGUACUUUAAGCAAA